UCUUGUUGUUCUCUUAUUGUUGGUCUGAGAUCAACAAUCGAUACCAUUGUUCACAGCUUGAGUCAACACUGUGUGUUGACACGUUUGGUGGAUUAUUUUUGGUGGAUGACGUAGAAACUUCUAUAGCUACAACUUCUAUAGUAUCCUAAUAAAAAAUAAAAAAAUGAGGGAAAGCAAAGCUAUACUUAUAUAAAGAUAUCAUAUUUAGCAUUAAGUUGGCUCUGGUUUCAUCGCUGCGCUGCUGUAGUGAUGAUUUUGAAUUUGCAUUCACUGGAUCGUCUACAUGAGGAAGUCAAGCACCAUGUGAUAUGCAAAUGAACAUUUUGCGAGAGAGCGAACGCAAGAGUGCGAACGAGAGCGAACGCAAGAGAGCGAAAGAGAGCGAACGCGAAAGAGAGCGAACUUGAGAGAGAGGGAGAGAGAGGUUGUUGGUUGUUAUUUUGUGUUGCCUACUUCGUGAUCAUCUUGCUACGCUGAGCACAUUUUCUCCAACCUGUUCAUCCAGUUUGGCCGCUGUGCCGGUUGGUUUCUGCUGGAACUGGGCGUGUCAUCUGCUGGUAUGGAGUGCAACAGGUUUUGGCCUCUUCUCACUGGACUUAGUGUGUGUGAUCAUUCAAGGGUUAGGGUCUAGUUAUUUGGAAACCAUUCCUUCCCAUUGGACUAUCAUGAUUGUUUGAAUGCCCUGAGCCAUGCUCUUCAACUCUCCAUACCUCUGAACCCACCUUCUGCAGCAGCCCGUUUGACAUCGCUGGCCUUUUCGCUCUGCUGAGUCUGCACCAUUCAAUGAGCUGGACCACCGUCCUCCAUGUCUGAGACGAAGAGGAGAGGCCCGGUGCCCCCCACCUACGCCACGCCCGCUGAAGCCCGCUCCCAGAUGGAGAGGUCCCCCAGGAACUGGUCUGCCUCAGAGGGGCCGGUCCGGGCCAUCGAGAACCCGGCAAACAUCGAGUCUGACGCAUCAGCGCUGGGCAGAAGACCGGCGCUUCCCCUCCCGGACUAUGAGACGCUGUUCCCCAAGAAGAGGCACGGGGUGCAGGGGCAGACGCGAUGGGAUCACCUCAUCGCUGAGGUCAAUCAGAAGACCAGGGACCAGCCCGAGGGCUUCCUCGGUGAGGAGAUGAGCGUGGACGGUCCAGAGGAGAAGAGACCGGAUCGGCAGCACAGACCGCCGUCUCGGUCCAGGCAGAGCGACGGCGAAGGGCAGAGGCCGGCCGACCGCGUUCCUCAACCUCGGGUUCAUGAGGCUAAACCCGUUUCAUCCAAGAAGAUGCCUCCGCCGCCUAAACCCGACACAGCUCCACUCCAAAGACCCACCGUAGACUACAGUCCAAAACAACGGCAGAGCCCUGGUAAACGCCCACACGGCUGGGCAGAGGCCAAACGCGUCGGCAUUGCCAGGGUUUGUUGGCACUCAAAACACCGAGCAGAGAAGUCCCCUUAGGAAGGGGGAGGGAGGGUGUUGGGAGAGAAGUGUCAGCAGUUGCUAUUGAAGGGCGAAACUCUUCAGCCCGCGGUGGUGCCCAAUAUACCCAGCCAAACGGCUCGGGAUGUAAA